AUGUCCGAUCAAACAACUAUCUCUUCAUUUGAAGAUUCUUUAUCCCAAAUUAAUGUCAAUGCAAAUUUAACAACUAAUACCACUCCUCCCAUUGGUGAUUACCAUGGGAACAAUUCCUCUGUUGGAAACACCACAAGCAGGCAAUCCAAUUCAACUUCAAGUAUUGUUGCCCCAAGCUCAAGUUCAAUUCCAGUCACUGAUGUUAAUUUCAACACAUUGCCUAACGUUUUGAGUUCUCUCAAUUUGGACGAAAAUACUAUUUUCAAAAAUGCUACGGCCCCUACUACUGCUACUGCUACCUCUACUAAUACUAAUACUACCAAUACUCCCCCAAUUAAUUGGACAUCGAAUCCAACUAAUCCAUCCUCGAAUUCCUACAACGGCUUCUCUGUUAUGCAAGAUUUACCUGUUAAUGUUGGCCAUAUUUCGUCCACAUCUAAACACCAACAUACUGCAUCAUCCGCUUCAGGUAACUCGUCAUUGAAGGAUGAAAAUUAUGACUCUUCGUUUAAUAAUGGUAAUACAAGCGCAAUGAGAAUUGCUGAUGAAAAUAAUGCAAAUAGAAAUUCAUUCAUUUUACCUGACUCCUAUUUGUUUGAACAACCAAUUACAAAUACUCCAAACUCCUCGGUUUUAUCACCAAAUAAGACCAGAACUGCCACUUUUACCACGCCUGUCCUAGGUGAGACCUCUAGAAGAUUGAAUUAUAAUCUUGCAUCGCCAAACAAUCAAGGAAUCAACCAGUUAAACGCCCAAUCGAUGGGCAAUGAAGCUCUGGGUAUGGGUAUUGCACCAGGAAUCUUGAACCCUAAUGACCCUUCAUCGAUAUUCAGUAAUUGUAUGCCGAAUCAGUUUGGGUUUCCAAAUAAUACUUCUACUCCUCCGUUGAAUGGAUUACCAACCGGAUUAAUGAAUCCAAAUCAGCCUGCUUUGAAUUUAUUUAACGCUGGAUUCCCUCAACAAGUUAUCAAUAAUGGCUAUCCACAGCACAUCUUACAACAGAAUUAUUCGUUUGAAAAUGGUACUAAUCCAAACAUUAUCAGACCAAGUGGCAUUGAACCUAACUUUAGUGGUACCACUCCAAACAAUGGUGCAGCCAACACUAAGGGUAACAACGUUAACAACAACAACAGCAGCAACAACAACAACAACAACGGUAAUUUAUUAUCACAUCGCAGUAACCUGGGCAUAAACUCUACUGCUAAUGUCCAUAGAAAGCAUUCAUCCAAUAACAAAAGAGGUGAGGAUGCCGCUAGGUUUGUCAACGCAACUUUAAAUGAUUUUAUCAAUGAAAUAUAUUACUUGUGUAAGGAUCAGCACGGCUGCAGAUUUUUACAGAGACAGCUGGAAUUAAACAGCGAACUUGCAGCCACCAAGAUAUUCAAUGAAAUUCAACUGAAUGUUAUUGAACUAAUGAUUGAUCCAUUUGGUAAUUAUUUAAUUCAAAAGUUGCUUGAGAGAGUUGAUGAGAGUCAAAGAACUACAUUGGUUAGAAAUGCGUCGAGCCAGUUUGUUAGAAUCGCAUUAGACCCGCAUGGUACCAGAGCAUUACAGAAAUUAGUCGAGUGUAUCUCGACCGAAACUGAAUAUAAAAUUAUCAUUAACUCUUUGUCUUCCUAUGUUGUUUUAUUGUCAAGGGAUUUGAAUGGUAAUCAUGUUAUCCAAAAAUGUUUACAAAAACUUCCUCCAAAUUAUUGUGAUUUUAUAUUCGAAGCUGCAUGUGAGAAUUGUGUUAAAAUUGCCAAACAUAGACAUGGAUGCUGUGUUUUACAAAGAUGUUUUGACCACGGAACUCCUAAACAAUGUGAACAACUAUCAUUGAAAGUUGGUGAAAAUGCUGUCGAAUUGAGUAUCGAUCCUUAUGGUAAUUAUGUUGUUCAGUAUGUUUUAAGUAUGGAAGAAAACAGAUUAAGACUUCAGAACGACCCUUCAUCAGCCACUAAAAUCCCAGACACUUCAAAGUCGAUUGACUUGAUUAUUUCUUCUUUAGCUAACAACUUGACUAAACUCUCUACUCAUAAAUUUGGAUCCAAUGUUAUUGAAAAAUCAUUGAGAAUACCAACUUUGUCUCCAAUCUUAAUUAAACAGCUUCUAAGUCACCCAGAAAGUUUGAAGUUAUUAUUACAUGAUGCAUAUGGUAAUUAUGUCUUACAAACUUCUCUGGAUGUUGCAGAUGAUUCGAGCUUCAAAGAAUUGAGUGAGCAACUGAAACCAUAUUUGAGUGAUGUAAGAAAUACUCCUCAUGGUAGAAGGAUUUUAUCAAAACUAAUCAGUAGAGGUGGUAAUGCAGCUAUUCUGAAUGCUAAUUUGGGGGAAAAUUUUAGCUUAGAGAGUUUAGAACAGCCUAACAACCACAACAAUGGACAUCGUCGCCAUCAUAACAACAAUAAUAACCAUUACUAUCACCAUAACCACAAUAACAAUAACAAUAACUAUAGCCACAGUCAAAAUCAAAAUCAUCAUCAUCACAAUAAUAAUAAUACUGGCAAUUAUAACUUAGGAUAUAACUCAGGUUCAGGUUAUAACAACAAGUCAUGGUAA